AUGUGUCAAGAAGGAAAAAUAAGGGAUACGAGUAAGCCGUAUUACGAGGCGUUACCUACUGCCUUACAACCAUUCCAUUACGAUGUUUCGAUUUAUGGUAUUGAUAUUGAGGCAGAAAAAUUUAAAGGUACGGUUAAAAUCCAUUUGAAUGUUAUUGAAGAUACUCAAGAGUUGCAUUUGAACUACAGGGACUUAGCCGUUUCAGCCGAUAAGAUUAAAGCUUUAUAUGUUGAUGGUGUUGAAAAACAGGUGGCAGUUGCUUCAAUCGAAGAGGUCAAGCAAAAAGAAUAUUUUAUCAUCAAAUUUGAUGAAGUUUUAAAGGCUUCUUCCACAGCUAAGUUCAUAGUAACUUUAGAAUACGAUGCCAUCAUCCAGACUAAUAUGGCCGGUUUCUAUAAAUCUAGUUAUAAAGAAAACGAAGAGGUUAAAUAUAUGUUAUCAACUCAAUUUGAAGCCACAGAUGCUAGAAGAGCUUUUCCUUGUUUAGACGAACCAGCCUUAAAGGCCACUUUCACUGUUGACGUUACCAUCAGCAGUGCCUGGGAUGCUUUGGGUAAUACUCCAGUCGCUCAGGCUACAUCAAUUGGCGGCAGCUUGAAAAAAGUUACUUUUGACAAAACUCCUUUGAUGUCUACUUAUUUAUUAGCUUGGGCUGCUGGUGAAUUCGAAUAUAUCGAAGCUUUUACUGAUAACACUUACUAUAACGAUCAACCACUCCCUGUUCGUAUUUAUACUACUAAAGGUUUUAAAGAAGAAGCGGAAUUUGCUCUUAGUAUUACUCCAAAAAUUAUUGAUUAUUAUAGUAAAAUUUUCAAACUCAAAUAUCCUCUUCCCAAACUUGAUUUGAUAGCCGUUCAUUCUUUCUCACAUAAUGCCAUGGAAAACUGGGGCCUUAUUACUUACCGUAGUACUGCUCUUUUGUACUCAGAAUCAAAAUCAGAUCCAUCUUAUAAGAAGAAGGUCGCAUACGUUGUUGCUCACGAAUUAGCACAUCAAUGGUUUGGUAACUUGGUCACAAUGAAAUGGUGGGAUGAACUUUGGCUUAAUGAAGGUUUUGCAACUUGGGUUGGUUAUCUUGCAGUGGACCAUUUAUUCCCUGAGUGGGAUUUCUUUUCUGUUUUCGUUUCCGAAUCCUUACAAGCUGCUCUUGAUCUCGAUUCAUUAAGAAACUCUCACUCCAUUGAGGUUCCAGUUAAUGACGCCUUGGAUAUCGAUCAAUUAUUUGAUGAAAUUUCCUACUUAAAGGGCUCAUCAACUAUUCUUAUGAUUUCAAAUUAUUUAGGUACUGAUGUCUUCUUAGAAGGUGUUGCAAAUUACUUGAAUAACCAUAAGUUUGGUAAUGCAACUUCUCAUAACCUAUGGUCAGCAAUUAGUGAGACAUCAGGAAAACCUAUUGAUGAAUUAAUGGAUAAUUGGGUCAAGAAAACUGGUUACCCAAUAAUUAAUGUUGAUCUUGAUAUCGACUCGAAAACCUUGAGUGUCAGUCAAUCUAGGUACUUACGUAGUGGUGACCUUCAACCCGAAGAGAAUGAAACCGUCUGGUGGGUCCCACUCAAUUUCAGCUCUGGUAUUGGUACCAAAGAUAUUAUAAUGGGCGAUGAAGUCCUCAAGGACAGAAGUAAAAGUAUUACUAAUUUUGAAAAUAGCGAUAAAUUUUUCAAAUUGAAUAAAGAUACAAAGGGAGCAUAUCGUGUGAAUUACUCCCCAUAUAUCUUGCAAAAUAACAUUUUGCCACACUUUGAUCAAUUAUCUACAAAGGAUAAGAUUGGAUUUAUAGCUGAUGUCGCUUCUAUUGCAAUCACAGGUGACAAAUAUACUUCAACUACAACUUUAUUGAAAUUAUUAAAAGCGGUUGUUAUCGAUCAUGAUGCUCUCGGCGAGGAGUAUGUUGUUUGGUUAGAAUUAGGAAAAAGACUUGGUAAUCUAUUAACAACAUUCGGUGGUGUUGAUGAUGAUUUAACCAGGGGCUUGACUAACUUUUCCAAGGAACUUUAUUCAAAACUUUCAAUCAAGUUAUUAAAUGCUAAAUUAGAUGAAGACAACUUUUUAGAAGUUAAAUUGAGAGCAGAAAUAUUCGAGCAUGCUGGAUUAUUUGGAGUUCCAGAAGUUAAAGAAUAUGCUGUUAAGCUUUUCGAAGAUUGGAAACAGGGUAAGGCAAUUCAUCCAUCUUUGAAACUUUUCGUUUUCACGACUAUUGUUUCAUCUUCUGAAUUGAUCACUGAAAGUAAUUUUGAGAGUAUAUUAAAAGAAGUUACUCAUCCAACUUCUUUAAACUCUCGUGAAGUUGCUCUUACUGCUUUAGGUCACAUUAACAAUGAUGAUUUAUCUACCAAAUUGAUUGGCUACUUGAUUCAACCAGACAUUAUUCCGAUUAUGGAUUCUCAUUUCUUGGGUGUACCAUUGUCUCGUAAUGUUACCACCAGAGACAAGCUUUGGAAAUUUUUUGCAGCAAACUAUGAGACUUUGUAUAAAUUAAUGUCUACCAAUAUGGUUGUUUUGGAUAGAUUUAUUAAGUUAACUUUUAAGAACUAUCAAUCAAGUACCAAACAUGACGAAAUUGAAAAUUUUUUCAGUGACAAGGAUGUUCAUGGAUUCGAAAGGGCUUAUAAACAAGGGUUGGACAACAUUUUAAUUAACGCAUCCUGGUUCAAAAGGGAUCAAGCAGAGGUUAAAAAUUGGAUCAAAGAGUAUAACUUUGCUUGA